AUGAGUGUGGAUCCCCAUCUUGCCCAAAGCCUGCCUUGCCCUGAAGCAUGCAAUUCUAGGGGAUCUUCACCAGUGCCUGAGAUUUAUGGGCCUGAAGAAAAUUACGCAUCCUUGCAGAUGUCGUCUGCUGAGACACCCCACAUGGAGACUGUCUCUCCUCUGCCUUCCUCCAUGGAACUGCUCAUUCAGGACAGCCCCGAUUCAUCCACCAGUCCCAGAGUAAAACCGCUGCCCGCUUCCGCAGAGACGAGCGAGGCAAAGAAGGAAGAGAAGGUCCAUGGCAAGAAACAGAAGAUCAGAACCGUGUUCUCUCAGACCCAGCUCUGUGUCCUCAAUGACAGAUUUCAGAGACAGAAAUACCUCAGCCUCCAGCAGAUGCAAGAACUUUCCAACAUCCUGAACCUUAGCUACAAACAGGUUAAGACCUGGUUCCAGAACCAGAGAAUGAAAUGUAAGAGGUGGCAGAAAAACAACUGGCCGAAGACUAGCAACAGUGUCACUCAGGGCUCAGCAACUACAGACUACCCGGGGCUCUAUUCCUACCACCAGGGGUGCCUGGUGAACACUGCUGGGAACGUUCCAAUGUGGAGCCACCAGGCCUGGAAUAACCCAGCUUGGAGCAACCAGACCUGGAACAGCCAGUCUUGGAGCAACCAUUCCUGGAACAGUCAGACCUGGUGCUCCCAAGCCUGGAAUAACCAGGCUUGGAACAAUCAGGCCUGGAACAGUCCGUUCCACAGCUGUGGAGAGGAAUUCCUGCAGCCCCAGAUCCAGUUCCAGCAAAAUUCUCCUGUCAGUGACCUGGAGGCCACCUUGGAAACCGCUGGGGAAAGCCAUAACGCAACACAGCAAACUGCUAAGUAUUUUAGUACCCAGCAAAUCAUGGAUUUAUUCCCAAAUUACCCCAUGAACAUACAGCCUGAAGAUAUGUGA